UUUAACGAGGCGCACAUACAUUGAAAAUACUGGUAUACAAUCUUUUGAAUUCCUUCAUCAUUCCAAUCGCACAAGUGUUUGGUAAUUGGAGUAUAGGCCUAAUUAUGUCGUCGCUUAAAGUACAACCAAGCGAUCCUAGCCCCAGUGUUACUGACUUAAGGAAGAUGUUUGAAGGCAGCAAAAAGAUUGCCAAGUCGACACCGGAUCUUAGAGUCUCUGGAUUAAAACCGUCUGAAUUAUCUAUAUGGACGCUAACUACGCAUGGCAAUGGAAAGAAUACUUGCGCUGUGGCCCCAUCACGCCGUGACCAUAGGCAAGAGAAGACCAACGCAUCAAUGUCUUCUAUAAAAGAUGAUGGGGGAUACCCACGAAUGCGUCAAGCGCCACUCACUUCUAGGAAACCAGAUACUCAACUUGAAGUUUUGUAUUUUGAACCUGAAACAAAUAAUAAUACAACCAAGCAUAGGCACUCGUCGCAAAAGACGGGUAUCAGUGGUACACACCACAAAAACGCCGCUAAUCCGCGCUCACAAUCUGUACCGAGACGUAAGCCUCCAAGUAAUCACGAGGCAGGCUGGGACAGAGGAAGUAGGGAUGAACUGCGCUCAGCUUCAAAACGAACUGCUAAAUUGAAACCUAACAUAAAGAAAAAGGGUGACCACCACCUAAGAAAUGCCAACAUACGCAAUGAACGUCAGACCUACGAAAUCGACGGAGAUUAUAGCCACAAAGAAAACGAAGAAGAUUUCGAAUAUAAUAGCGAAGAGGAUAUACACAAUCAAAAUGUUCUCCGUGGACACGAUUCAAUUAAUAACUAUAGCAGGAAAGUCGGUAGUAGAAUACGAAUACAAGUGUCGAAGCCAGGGUCUAUGGAAGAUAACAAAGAGCGAAGAAAUUCACAUUCUCGGGUCCGAACCAACACAGAUCUGGAUGAGGAUGAAUUAAGGUCACACAUGGAUGGGUCAAACCAAAGCCAAAUAGAGACAGGACACACAAAAAAGAAAUGGAAAAUAGGAUGUAAAUCGGGCAUAAACGAUAACAAGAGUUCUUCAGAUAGGCCUAUAUAUAAAGUCAAUAAUUCAUGUUCAGAAUAUAGGCCUAAACAUAAAGCUGCGGGGCAUAACCCGGAUGAUUACCGAUCAGAGUCUGACGAUUGCAGCGAACUCGACAGUUACAGCUCAGAAGAGUUUGAUAGUGAAGACAGUGACGAUGGACGUCUGCUCAUGCUCAAUUUGAAAGAGCAAGAGGAGGAGCAAUUAGAAACUCAGUCAGAAGAUAGUGAUUACCACUAUGAAAAUGAACUUGAAUAUGAAGAAUAUAUUCGUAACACGUGUAACAAAUUUAAUGUAACACGAACAAUAUGCCCAAAUCCUGAUAAAACCAAAAAGUCUCAAACAAUGGCAUCGAAACCCAAACGCAGCACACUGGCAAGAACAACCUCACAGGAUGAGAAUUGUCCGGAAGUGAAUGAGAUUGAAAAAAGACAGUAUGAUAGGAAAAGAAAAAGAUUUUUAAAAUCAGCUAAUUUGUCAGCAAGUGCACUACAAAUUGAUAAACACUCUAGAACAACACAAGAUCCACAAAAUCUGGAUUUAAGCAGAACAUUCAAGCGGUCAUCUUCAAUCCCCACAGAAUCAAAUUUGUCUGAAAAGUGUCAAUCAAUGUCUACAAUUGCCAUCUGCUACCCUGAUGAUACGUUCAGUUCAUCCUCAAAGGCAAAGCGUUUCAGCCUCUCAGAUAUUUCCAUUUCUAAAUCAUACCACUGGCGAAGUACCCCAGAUGGAAUAGGAUCCAAAGAGUUUUCAAGACGUUUGCAUAUACUUGGUGAGAAAUUUGGCGGCGUGAUCGCUCACAGGCGAUCUAUGAUUGAUCACGAACAUGAAGAGAAGGCACAUACUGCACCAUCCAACGCAUGCAUACAGAGAAGUGAAAUACACGACUUUGACUCAUCUUUGGAUCACAAGUCAAUGACUAUUCACAAUUCCGAUGACGUAACCACAUAUCCUGGACCAGAAGAUGUCACUCCUCCACACGGAAAAAGCUUAGAUGAAACGCAACAACAUAGCAGGCGUUAUUCUGCAUUUGAACAACAAAUUCAAGACAGACGUAAUGAGGUUCUCUUUGGGCCUAAGGAACCAAAUCAUGACCAGUUUACUGAUUGCAUUGACUGGGAAGAACAAAGUGACGACGAAUUUUCAGACGAUAAUUCUGAGCCAGAUGAGGAUAUUCCAAACUUUCAGCAACAGGCAGACAGUUUUGAUGUUCAUGUUGAUUCUGCAUAUCCAGCUCAUAUAUACGAGGAACCAUGCAGAGCUAUGCAAGUUGCUGAUGGUGAUUGCGUGGUCGCUGACAAGGACAAAAAAGGACAGGCAUCAUUAAGAAAAUUCUUAAAUAACAGAAAAUUUGGAUCAAUAUCUUUCCCGAGAAGAAAAAAGAGACUUAGUAUACCCGUAAACACGCAUGUAGCAACUCAACCAGAUAUUGAUGACGAGCCAAAUAUUUCUCAGCUUGAUAUAACUGGCAAAGUGAGAAGGGACGUCCAAAGCACAGAAGAAGUGUUUAACGAAAUUAUUGACUUUGUGAGCAACAGCUUAGACGAAUUGGAUUUUCUAUAUCGUCGUUACGUCACAAAUCCUGCAUUAGACCCGAAGAAUGGAAUUUUACAGGAGGGCGAGUACAGGAGGCUGUUUUCAAGAGUUCAAAGAGUUAUGAAAUAUCUGUCAGAUAUAUUGGAAGAUUUGAAAAAAUGUGAUCGAAGCGAUUCACAAAUUUGCCAGCUCCUCCUCGAUGCUGUGGCCUAUGACUACCUAAAUGUUUUCAAAGAUUACCAAGUCAACUCAAGAUUUCAAGACUAUACUCUAUCAUAUCUUAGAAAAAGACGCAUGGCAUUUCGACAAAUCGAAAUAAACUUGGAAACAUCGGACAAUGGUCAUUCAGCUUCUGUUGUUCGCAAAAAGAUACGCCCCUUAGACGUUCUGUUGAAGCAGCCUUGCUAUUUUCUCCAAAAACUUAAUCUACGCUUCAAGAGAUUGCAGAUUGUAAUUCAGAAAACCAAUAACCCAGGAGCAAACGUAGUGAGGCUUGUACAUGACCUAGUUCAGAAUAUGAACGCCAUUAACGAAGAAUGUGAGGAGCGUAACUUUAAAUUGCAAGAGAAAGAGGAAAGACACGUCUCCAAGAUUCUCUUAAGAAUGGAGUUUGAAUCUGACGAGGGCGUGAUUUCAUCUGAGGAGAUUCAAAUUAGCAACGAAAGUUGGGCUGAAACCUGGGAUAGCGUCAUCAUGUAUUCCUUGAAAAAAGAAGACGGUAAAGACUGGAAGAAAGCUGGAUCGCAUGUGAAGCUGGUCACAUUUCAACGACUGGUUAUGCUAAUUGACGUUAAGCGACACAAAACAGGUGGAGAAAAUGAUGUUUAUUACAAGCUAAUUGACUGUGCAAACAAGAAUUUCAUUGAAAUUGAGAAACCUUCUUCCGAUACGUACCCGUUCAAAAUUCCAAUAAAAAAGGGAUCGGCACUGAAUGUGUUUCUCGUGGUAAUGCACAAGGAUCCAAGCCCAACCAAGAGAAUGUAUUACGUAUGCUGGGAACCUUCUCGAUCAAGAAAUAGCUUCGAAAGCUGGAGGAAGAACCUGACAGUACCAACAGGUGAUAACGGAGAACAAUAUGCUUCGUGGAGUCGACCGAGGUAUAAGAUUUUCAAAGAUUUCUCUGCAAAAGAGAGGGGUGAAUUGAAAGUAAAUACUGAAGACGAGGUAGAAAUCAUUGAGCAAAACAACGGCUGGGUAAGGGCUCAGAACCUUAGUGACAACAAACAAGGGUGGAUUCCAAAAUACUGCUUAGGUGACGUGAUACCCACAAUAUUCACGCGAGGAGUCAACAUCAAGCAACUGCGACGAGUUCAAACUGAAGGACACUCACAACAUUCUGUUAUAGUGCGAAAGGAUCGAAAAGGUAAAAAACAAGAGGGAAGGAAGUAAGAAUGAAGACAAUGGGAGUAGGCCUAUCAUUAAACGAUUCAUUGUUAUUCCCACAAACAAAAUUGUUUUGGUAAAAUCUGUGGACUACCGGGUAGCUCAGACACGGAGACGAUUAGGGGAUUAAGCAUUAUUUACUUUAAAAGCAAAUCCACACAUUCAGUCCUUUGAGACCUUUCGGUGUAAAGCGCUAUAUAAAUCUAACUACAUUACAUCACAUUACUAUUGAAGUUUUCAUUAGUGAAACUCAAAUUCCAGGUAUGAGAGACAAAGGAAGAAAAUAUAUUUUUUUCUAAUUGGUUUAGUUACAAUUGUAUUUUGCCUAUUUAUGCGUAUAUUGAAGUCAUUAAUUCUACUUUACAACGAGUAAUAAUAAACUACCGUAAAUAUUCGACAAGGCGCCUCUUUUGAAUUGGCGCCGCUCUAGAUUAGCACCAAAUGCUCUCUUGAAAGGAAAAGUAUCGUGUUUUAAGACGACAUUGAUCACUUGACUGUGUCUUGGGCCAGGCACUUUAUCCACGUUGUUUAUAUCAUGGAGAAAAUUUAUAUCAACCAAGUCACGAAGUGGGUGCCUGAUCCAAGCAAAAGCACCUCAAACAACUGAUAGGCUUUAACAAGGUUGGACGGAGGCAAACUAGAGUGUACUCCAAGAGGUCGCAGCGCGUACGAGGAAACAUAAUUCCAUACACAUAAAUACAUGUGUAUCUGUGUGUAUGUAUAUAAUGUAAUACAGUAUUUACGUUGUAAAUAACAUUUGUGCAUUUUACCGAUUCCUUAGGCCUACGUGUGCUCAUAAAUAGGUAUAAUUUCCUAUUUUGCUGAUAUAAACAGGAAUUCUUAAAUAUAAUUACUGUAUUCAAUUUACUUUAAUAGUUGAAGGUGUGUAAAAUGUGUAUAAACGAGGAGGCAUGUUUAUCGUAGUUAGUACGUGACGAGUUUGUCCAUAUAGGAUAAAUAAAUCUAUAAGGGACAAUUUUCAUUUUACUAUACAUUCAAUAUUUUGUUUCACGUUAAAUACUUAAUGAUUACAUGCUGUACAUCAACUUUGUAUACAUUUCUUUUUUUCGUUUCAAAUACCAAUACGACGGCGGUUUUGGCACAACUGGUUUACUUUUACUGUACCAGUAAGAGUGCAGUGCAAUAUAUCAUAAUUAGAUUCUAUCCCAAGCACACGGGUCAUGUGGACCAGAUGCUUGUCGAGAGAAGCAAAAUUGAGAAUUAAUUUACUCAGAUAAAUUUCAAGUGGCUCUCGACGACCUGAACACAUAUUUACUUAUUUUUCUUAUUUAUGAAAAUUUGGUAUACAAUAUCCCAAAUACAGCACAUUCCAACCAAUAGCAUGACAUAUCUAGUACGGUACAGACAUACUGUAGGGUGGAUGAUGGAACGGGGGUAUGUGAAGGUGAGGGAAAUGGAAAAGUUAUGCAAAGGUAGAAGAGCAUAUGAGAUAACAUGAGGUGACUUUUGAAUAGGACUACAUGAAUGUACUUUUUUGUUCAGAAAGUUUUAGUAGGGAAGGGUCGACUGGGGCUUGUCGACUGGGGCUUAUCUCCCUACCAGAUUUCUCAAGUUAGAAAAAUACAACCGGAUGAUGGCAGAAAUAAACACCAGCUAAUUCAAACAUAAACUACAGAAAUGCAUCUCUGACAUUUUAUGUAGGCCUACAUAAUAAUGUGUUACGAUAGGCUUUAACAAUAACUGAGUUGACAAAUAUGUUGAUUUAUUGAACAUUUUAAACAAAAUGAAAGGUUUGAGUUUAUGUGAAAGCAUUUCAUCUUCUUAUCAGACAAGGAUAGAAAGACAUACUUAUGAAACAAUGCAUUACAUAAUUAUCUGUACAAUGUAACUACAUAAUGAAAGCAGAGAUUUUUUCAUGGGCACAACUAAUCGGGUAUGACGAGCUGUUGAAACACAUGACAUUAUUAUUUUUAUUAUUAUUAUGUAAAAUCCAAUAAAAAUGUCUUGUUACAACCUUUCACCUUAAAUUAUACCCUCUUAUCCCCUAAAAGUGCUGCCACUUGGUGUGCAUAGUGCACAGUGGUGCAUCUCGGAGUCUUGAAACGGGGAGACUGAUUAGGUGAGGCUAGUUCUCAAAAUAAGGUAAUUUUGAACUACUAGAGUGUAAUGUUUUGGCUUCGAGCUAUUUUUGGGAAGUCCCCCACACACCCCUAGAUAUGCCACUGAUUGUGAAUUACUGCCCGAGACCUUUCCAAGUGCCUUUGCCUCCUUUGGUAACAAGAUCGUAUAUAAAUGUCUAUAUACACUGUACAGGUAAAACAGUUUUACCGAUUACGUGGUAGGCUACCGAGUAACAUGUUAUAAGUAGCCAAGUUCAGCUAAACUACAGAGAAAUGUUUAAUACCAUAUGUAUAUAUUGUACAACCGUGUUGUUGAUAAUGUUAUAAUACAUUGUAAUCACUGAGAUAACAUUAUCUUUAUGAAGCAUGCAACAUAUUAUUAUGUCCUUUGUUCGAACACUGUAUUUACCUUUCUUUGAUGAUUAUUUGUACAUAACCUAAAAGUCAAUCACAUGGAAAAAGUUGGUACUGUAUGUUAUACUAAUAAAUAAUCUUAGACAUUGUGUAAAAAUACCAACACCAUUUUCUUACAGAGCCUAGUUUUAAGAGUGUGUAUCAGUUAGUUAGGAAUAUUGGAUUACCUAGUCAUCAGCAUAGUCCCUUGAAUAGUCUUUCCUUAUUUUUUUAUACAUUCUUGUUGUAAACAUUAUACUUUUGUGGUAGCAACAACCACCCAAAAAAAAACAAAUGAAUGUAGGUCUUAUUUAAAUUUACAAAAACAUUAUAGGUCUAUGUACGUAGAUAAUAUCUACAGUAAUUACAGUUAAACUUGCUUAAGUUGACUUCGCCUAAGUCGAUUAAUUUCUGAGUCGGUCUUAUUUUACAUCCCAAAUUGGUGUGUUAUCCACUAUUUAACAAUCUGUAAGUCAAAUUUUAUCUAAGUCAAACAAUUUUUCAAUGUCAUUUUGGAUUCGACUUCAAAAGGCAAGUUCAACUGUAUAUAUUUAACACCUAAUUACCCGGAUUAAUUAAGUUCUGUUUCUAAAAUUUGGGCAAAAAAUGUCUUCAAGUACUUCACAAUUACACUAUAUCAAUUUGAGAAAUAACAAUAAAAACUAAAGUUUUUAAGGUCAUAGGUUAAAGAUGCUGUAAUCAACACAGCACACAA